GGGGACGGGCUGAGUGACGUGGGGCCGGGGAGGGCGGAAGGGGGAAAGCGGCGGAGGCGAUGGGGGGCUCGGCCGGACGCCUGGCCCAGGACCAGCUCAGCGAGUACCAGGAGCUCACCUUCCUCACCAAGCAGGAGAUUUUGCUGGCCCACAAGAGGUUCAGCGAGCUGCUGCCCCAGGACCGUCAGAACACCGAUGACUCCUUGAGAGAGCGAGUCUCCCGCGAACAGAUUCUCUCGCUGCCGGAGCUCAAGGCCAACCCCUUUGGGCGCCGUAUCUGCCACGUUUUCUCCACGGGCCAGCCCGAGGGCAGCCUCAGCUUCGAGGACUUCCUGGACCUCCUCAGCGUGUUCAGCGACGCGGCCACCCCCGACGUCAAGUCCCACUACGCCUUCCGCAUCUUCGACUUCGACGACGACGGGACCCUGAACAGAGAGGACCUGAGGCAGCUGGUCAACUGCCUGACCGGGGAGGGCCAGGAAACGGAGCUCAGCGACUCGGAGAUGAAGCAGCUCAUCGAUAACAUCCUGGAGGAGUCCGACAUCGAUAAAGACGGCACCAUUAACCUCUCGGAGUUCCAGCACGUCAUCUCCCGCUCGCCCGACUUCAACAACUCCUUCAAGAUUGUCCUGUGACCAGAGACAAGGCGCAUCAGAUCUCUUCAGCCGCUCAACUCUUCCCUCCCUCGACCCCGGGGCCAACGGCGGCCGGGCCUGCCCUAGCCUUGGGGCCGGCCCUGGGGCGGCCGGGGCCCCGGACAGCAGAAGCGCCCUGGCGCUGGGGUUUUGCGCCGGGUGGCCCCGCCGGGCGCCCUUCCACAGGUGACCAAUAAAAGUUUUGCACUCUGA